UAAAACCAAACUCUACGUCUAAAGGAAUAAGACCUUGACCCUGGUGUUUUUUUUUGAAAAGGACCCUGGUGUUACUUGAUAUAACUUUGAAAGGUUUUUGUUUGGUAGUGCUUAUAAACCCAAACCAGACACAGGGAAGAAGAUCCCAUCGCCGAUUCAUUUGUAAACCGUCAUCGUUUCCACUCCCUCGCAGCUCAGCUACUUAACCGUUGUUUUGUUUAUCUCUCUCUGCUUUCAACACACAAAAAACCUUCCACUUUUCCUCAGAUCUUCAUCUUCCUCCUCCUGGCAACCUCUUGCGCGUUUAUGGUCCGAUAAGUUUCUAUAUAUGGUUUGUAGAAGGCUUUCAUAACUAGGACUGAAGUGAUCGGACUUGAGAAUCCCACUGGUAUAUUGAGGAUUUGGGGUCAUGUUGAGGGAUAUUGUAUUGCGAACGUCAACGAUAUAAACUCUUUCGUCGACAGGACUUUUAUUCGUUUGACAAGCAUAUCUGUUUCUUAUACGGAGGAUAUGUUCCUUGGUGAAGCAUAGCUUGUACAUAUAGUUUUGUGAGAAUAAAGCUAGAGAAUUUCCGAAUAUAAAUGGGGAUCAAUACUCGCAGUCUUACUACCAGAAAACCAAGUGAAAUUAUGAGGCUCUUUGUGACAACUUUUAUUGGAGUGGUUUUCGGCUUCUUUAUAGGAGUAUCAUUUCCCACAUUGUCAAUAACAAAGCUGAAUCUUCCUUCUGGUCUGCUUCCCUCCAUUGAUCUCUCGUACCUUGAAGACAGAUAUACAAGUCGACAUGCUUGGUCUUUUAUAAAUAAAAGUAACAGAAGUCCAUCUGUAGAUCACUCAUCAAAUGAUACAUCAAAGAUUUGGGUUCCAUCAAAUCCGAAAGGCGCAGAAAGAUUACCUCCUGGGAUUGUUGAACCUGAGACAGACUUUUAUUUGCGUAGAUUGUGGGGUAAGCCCAGUGAGGAUUUAACGUCCAAGCCAAAGUACCUUGUAACCUUCACUGUUGGCUAUGAUCAAAAGCAUAAUAUUGAUGCAGCUGUGAAAAAGUUCUCAGAGAACUUCACAAUCCUUCUAUUUCAUUAUGAUGGCCGAACCACUGAAUGGGAAGAGUUUGAAUGGUCAAAGAGGGCUAUUCAUGUGAGUGCUCGUAAACAGACCAAAUGGUGGUAUGCCAAGCGGUUUCUGCACCCUGACAUUGUGGCACCAUAUGACUAUAUAUUUAUAUGGGAUGAAGACCUGGGCGUUGAGCAUUUUAAUGCAGAAGCAUACUUAAAACUAGUGAGGAAGCAUGGCUUGGAGAUUUCACAGCCUGGUCUGGAACCUAAUAAAGGAUUGACAUGGCAAAUGACAAAAAGAAGAGGUGAUAGUGAAGUCCACAAAAUGACAGAGGAGAAACCGGGAUGGUGUUCUGAUCCUCAUUUGCCUCCUUGUGCAGCGUUUGUUGAGAUUAUGGCUCCAGUAUUUUCACGUGAUGCAUGGCGUUGUGUGUGGCAUAUGAUUCAGAAUGACUUGGUCCAUGGGUGGGGUCUUGAUUUUGCUCUUAGAAGAUGUGUUGAGCCUGCUCAUGAGAAGAUUGGAGUUGUUGAUUCUCAAUGGAUUGUUCACCAAGGUGUUCCCACACUAGGGAAUCAGGGUGAAUCGAAAACCGGUGGGAAACCAUGGCAGGGGGUGAGGGAGAGGUGUAAAAAGGAGUGGACCAUGUUCCAGAGUCGGUUGGCCUAUGCAGAAAACGCGUACUUCAAGUCCAUUGGAGUUGAUCUUUCUAACUCCACUGCUCAUUAGGGUACAACAGCCAGUGUUGACUUUUGUAUUUAAAAUAUACUCAUGUAACAUCUGUUACAUUACAUGCCAUUAAUAUCUAGAGUCCUAGCUAGGGGACCAAACUUUGAUUCAAUGUAGCAUUGAAGUUCUGAAAGUGAGUAGAAGUUAAAUAUUGCGGUGUAAGUAAUUUUGAAAAUGAUACCAUUUCAGUAGGAAAUGAAAAUUCCUGUCUCCCUUAAUUGGAAUUGGCAUGAAGCUCUUCAGGUAUGAGCAUCUUUAUCCAUCA